AUGUCGGAUGGUCUGGUGCAGCGACGUAAAAUACCGGCCGCAGUCGUCAAGGGCGAAGAGGUAAAAGAUGCGGAAGAAAUAGAAAGCGAUGAUUCGAAGGGUGAAUUCGAAGAUGACAAAGAUACACGAUUAACACUGAUGGAACAGAUUUUGCUGCUGGGAUUGAAAGACAGAGAAGGCUACACAUCGUUUUGGAAUGACUGUAUCAGUAGCGGUCUUCGUGGUUGUGUUCUCAUCGAAUUGGCUCUGAAAAACAGGAUCGAGCUUGAGAAAUGCGGAAUGAGGAAGAGAAGCUUAGUGUUACUUAAAAACGAACAGCCAACCGGUGAUGUGAUUCUGGACGAAGCAUUGAAACACAUCAAAGAAACGCAGCCACCGGAGACCGUGACGAACUGGAUUGAGUAUCUUAGUGGUGAAACUUGGAAUCCACUAAAAUUACGUUUUCAGCUCCUGUAUGUUCCACCGUUGUUCAAAACUUUUGUUUCUUCGCUUCAGCUUCGCAAUGUUCGUGAACGAUUGGCGAAGAAUUUGGUUGAAAAAGGCGUACUGACCACUGAGAAGCAGAAUUUCUUUCUUUUCGACAUGACCACGCAUCCACUUCAUGAUGGUAACAUGAAGCAAAAACUGAUCAAGAAAGUACAAGAAGCAGUAUUAUCGCGAUGGACCAAUGAUGUACACAGAAUGGAGAAGAGGAUGGUUUCACUUGUGGUACUGGCACACGCCAGCGAUGUACUGGAAAAUGCUUUUGCCCCACUCUCCGAUCAGGAUUAUGAAGUUGCAAUGAAACGCGUACGAUCUCUGCUUGAGCUGGAUUAUGAUGCUGAAAGCGAGAAAAAAGCCAAUCCAUGCCUUGAUGUAAUGUGGGCUGUCUUUGAAGCAUUCAGUAAGUGA